AUGGCUCUGCAUGCCGACUUUAAGAACAGGGGAGGCUUACAGAGCCUCUUCAACCCGAAAGCUGGCAAAAAGGUCUUCGCAGCAUCGUUUGAGUCUGUCCUGCCAGAUGCUGCGCCUGCUUCGCGCCCGAAGCAGACAGGCGGCACCGGCGGCACAGGUGGCAAGUUCGCCCUGCCUCCACUACAGGCAGCCCCAAAAGCUGCUGUGCCUGAUCCUCCGCCUGCACGACGUGAUCUCAAUGACUCUCCGAUGCUUCCCCUGGCCCCUCGUCCAAGCAUCGACGAGCCCUUAGAGGAAUUUCAAGGCUUCUCGCGAGUAUUCCAGACUGCUGUCCAGGGCCUGGUGAGACAUGUUCAUGACACCGCAAAGCCGGAAAUGGGAUCUACGGAGCCCGAGCUUGAAGACAGGCCAGUGGAGAAGAUCGAAAGGGAAGACAAGGAUCUUGCUGCCAAAAUGCCUCCAGUGACUUCAACCUCCUCGGAGGUUCCAAAGCCUCCAGAUGCGAGGAGAAGGGUGCUAGCAAGGACCCGAUUGCCAGCCAAGCCUGAGACUAUCGACGACAUCAAAAACAUUGAGGUCUUUGCUGAAAGACUGGUGGAUGCUUUUGGAUCCCUCACCAAAGCUUUUGAAGCCUUUGACAGUCACGGCCGGAGUGAAGUCACACGAUCCCAAUUCGAUGCCGCGCUGGACGCCAUGAAGCUGGAUGUGGAGGAGCUGUGCGGAAUACCCGCAUCGAAGCUAUUCAGCCUGGUCAGUCGAGCCUCAAAGAAGCCAAUUGGAGCAUUGACGGAGCAGGCUUGGACAUCCUUUUUUAAGAAGUAUUUGGGCAAAACGGCCUCAGCUCAUCUGCUCGAAGCGGACUACAACAUCGAAAAUGCCCUGAGCCAGCUGGCUGAACUACACAGCCUGCAGCCGGCACGAGACAAGACUCGACAAGACGAUCAGGCCUCCAGUUCUGGGCCGCGGCCGCGUCGCUGGGGAGUGAUUGCUGCGGCCGUGCUGGAUGAUUCCACCUUGGCAAAGCUGGCCAUACUUGAUCCUAGCGAGACCUCCAAGAGCAGCUCGAAGGCAGCAGCAGGGAGCGGCCGUCGGCGAGGUGCCGCCGGCCUCGAGGAUGCAGACGGUUCAUCUGGUUCUGACUCUGACAGCGACUCCAAUCCAGAUGGCGAUGCAGCUCUCGGGAGCCGAAGAAGGGUGCUCAAUGAGGAGGAGGCCGGUGACGCAUCCAUAGAUGGAGAGCGUGGGAAUGCGGCCCUGGGUGCUGGAGGGGAUUUGCAUGGCAAUGGUGCGCUUAGUGAUGAGAAUGGAGCUGGGGCUGGGCACAGCAAAGCCGGCAAUGGUGGCACUGGCACUGGCAGCGAUGGGCAAGACCGAGCCGAUGCAAAUCAUGGAGCAGUGUUAGCCGGGGGAGUUGCGGGGGAUGCGGACUCGAGCGACUCGAGCUCUCGCUUUGGUUCCAAAAGGGCCGGCGUUGAUGUCUCAGACGGCGAUGGACUCUCAUCAGGUGCUACAAGGGACCCGGGCAGCGAGCAGACCGGCUUGGCACGAACAUCUUCAAAGUCUCAUCCCGAUCCGAGUGGCUUUGGCCAUGGUCAAGGGCCUGGUGAUGGCUACGGCAACGGUUCCCAUGACCACGCUGGUAUUGGUGGUUCAGAUGCUAAUGGGCAAGGGUCUGCAUCUCGGGCACAAGCUUUGAGUGGCAGGCAAGCCGGGACAGAUGCGGCCUCUGGCCAGGAAUCAUCCAAUUUGGACGAUGCAUUUGGAUCAGAAUCCUCCGGUAUGCCCUUCGCGAGACGGGCCCAGGUUGCUGGGGGAGAUGCAUUUUCUGGACGCGACGGAUUCAGGGAUACUGACGGGAAGGACCGCCGUGCUGGGCGGACGGGCCUCUCAGCUUCGGUCACAGCGGAUGAGCUGGAUGGAGGGCUGGUGGGAUCAGAUUCGUUUGCAGGAGCUGCCGAAGAUAGCCGACGAGCCUAUCAUUCUGAGCCAGAUGACCUGCUGGCCAAAGUGAAGGAGGAGUCGAGGCAUCCCGGGACUUCUGGGACGGCGGAUGAAGCAGGUGAUGUCUCUUCUGGAUUGAGGGCCAUCUAUGCCGAGGGCAAGGUGGAGUCUUCGGAUUCCGAGGCUGAUGAUGAGAUCAGCAGCGUUGAGGAAGACAAAAGUGCAGGGGACCUGCAGUCCCUGGUAAAGCGGGUGUUCAAACUCUACGCCACCGGCUACUCGAAGGGGCAGUAUGUUUUCAUCCGGAAUCCCGAUCUUGCCCGCUUCAUGGAGGACGCUCGAGAAGCUCUGCCAGGACACCGGAAGAAGUUCCGACGAUUUAAGCGAAUCUUCGAAUCGAUCUUUGACGACACCAUACAACUUCAGUGCGAUAUGCCCGGCCAGGGUUUGCGAAUCACGGCUGGCUUGACACUGGACUGGUUCCAGGUCUUUGUGCAGAAGGCUGUCCGACGGGUUGGCAGUGAGGUGAUGGGCUUUUUCAUGGCUCUGCUAGAAGCGCAGGGCUGCUAG